AUGCCCCAACCCCCUAUCCACCCCCUUCGGGAUCAGUUAGAGCUCCUGUACCACAAAUGCGGCCGCGUCAGUGUUGAUACUGACCAAAUCAUUCGCGACUCCUGGUACGUCAGAAAGUUCGUUGGAUUGGUCAAAAUGAAGACACGGAAAGAGAAAGUCAGCGAAGAGAAAGACUUUCAGAAAUUGUGUCUGAUCCUCAACCCAGAACUGAAGGACCGGGGGUCUGUAUCCAGGUUUGAUUUGAGGAUCAGGGCUCCGUUGUUAACCAAUCAAUAUCGACAAUUUACAUACGACCUCAUGAUCAUACAAUGGGUCUUCGGAAGGAUUGAUGUUGUUCAUCUUGAUAUGGUCUUUGAUCAGGAUCUAUGUGAUGAGAUCAACAGGAACGUUGAGUUGAGACUUCAACGCAAGAAGGAACGUCAGGCGCACAAGUGA